AUGACCACAUUUCCGGUCACUUCCGCGAAACUUACUCUCAGUUCAACUGGUAUAUACUGCACCUGUUGGUCACUUCCCUUCGUUCCUGGCAUUGGUUUCUCUGAAUUAAGUGCCGUUCGUCGAGAUGCUGAACCUACCAAGUAUUUUCGAUAUUUUGUCGAAGCUACUGUAUAUCUUUUGGCGUUCUUCGUGUUAAUAACUGGUUCCAAACAGCAUUUUGGAAAUCCUAUACAAUGUAUGGCACCGCCAGAAAGUCCAGAUUCCUGGGUUCACUAUUACCAUGACUACUGUUACAUCCAGGAUAAGUUACGUAUCUUCGAUAUGAAUGUGCGGAAAUCUAUUGAGUAUGAGGCAAGACAAAGAGCUGGUGCUGAUUACACACCAAUAGGCAGAUUCCACAAAGAGGAUUCUUCGCGCUAUUGGUCGCCACGUGUUAUGUACUAUCAGUGGGUUCCCUAUGUGCUGUUUCUGCAAGCAAUGUUCUUUUUAGUUCCGAAGCUUUUUUGGAAAUUGAUUGGUUUGCAUUUUUGCCACGGUGUGGAUAUGGAAACUGUCGUUGUUGAAGCCGAUAAGCUUCGUACACUUGUAGGCGAAGAUCGUCGGACGGCUCUCAAUAGCCUAGCAAGUUUUAUUCGCGACAUUUUGGAAGCUAAACAUAGAAGGUCAUUUUUCGGGUCUUUUGUGUCUACGAUUUGCUACGUGAUGACCAAAUGGCUGGAAGUAAUUAAUGCGUUUGGACAGCUAUAUAUGCUCUCUUGCUUUGUUGGCCAGGGCGAUUAUUUCUGGGGAUAUCAUCUGUUGUCCACGGUACUGACCGGUUCUGACGAUCCUAACACAGGAAUUUUCCCUAGAAUCGUUCUAUGUGAUGUUGCAAGAUUUGCGUUAGCAAACUUGCAUCAGGAGCACAUGCAAUGUGUGCUUAUGCUAAACUUCAUAAACGAGAAGAUCUACACCUUCUUGUGGUUUUGGAUUGUCUUUGUUGCUAUCGCGUCAACAUUCUCGGCUAUAAGAUACACAGCCGCUCUCUUUUUGCCCAUCUACCGCGGCCUUAUUGCUGACAAUUUCUUGCCUACACAGGACGUUUUGUUCUCAAAUGCUGCUGCUGAACACGGAGUUCGACCAACUCCGGUAGCAAGUAGAGCACUUGUGGACUAUUUUGUGCAUAAAGUUCUCAGAUGUGAUGGGGUUCUUUUGCUUUCGUUUGUCAAUGUGAAUGCUGGGGGCCUCGUCACUCAUGACAUCGCGCACCAGUUGUGGAAGAUCACUGUGCAACCUACAUUCAAAGGUUCGAGUUCUCCACCAGACGAGUGUGAAACGGAGAAGAAGGUGCCCGAACUUUACUGGCCGAGCUUCACUAAUUUGCCUUCAACGAUGCGGAAAAUGGGUUUGGCAAAACGCAUGGAGGCGGCGGGUGAUCGUGAUGUUUCUUUCAACGACAAAAAACAGUUUCAAACUGCGCAGCCAAUGGUACGGACGCGUUCUCUGAGUGUUGGUAAUCUUGAGGCGGAACCAUCAGCUCCCAUAGAGUCCUCUCCUUUAAUAUCAGAUGGUUCAACGCAAGCCGUUGAAGACUCAACAUGUCCUAUUCAGAGUCUGCCGGCUUCACCUGGUACAAAUCGACGACGUUUGGCUAACACUGGGCCCGGAGUAGCUCUUAUCGACAACCGCUACGGAAGAAAAUAG